GCCUAUCUUGUAGUGUUCGAGCCGAGGCCACUAGCAUUUAAAAUAAAGAGGAAAAUUUAUAACCUACAAGGCGAUGUUUGUCUUGGUGGGUUUGCCCCAUCCGAAUACAAUCAACUCCUACCCGGAAUAACCAGCUGGAUCUGCGAAACAUGGGUUGGGACUUGGAAAAACAAGAUGGGCGGUCGGAUGUCGUCCCCGCGGCAGACGAGAAGAAAAUUACAAUUGACGUUGAUGUGUCCAACGGCAAUUACAAUGCCUCCAGCAAAGAGAAUGGCGACAUAUUCGCAAGUCUCCGAAACUUUGAAGCGGCCAUGGACAAGAAGCUGGGGGUCGAAUCUGAAGCUAUCGACAGGAAACUUCCUAACGAUCGGCCUCCAGUGUCGUGGCACAGCCAACUCAACAUGUCGUUGAUAUGGGCAUCCGGCACCAUGAACAUCAGUUGCUUCGCUACCGGCUUUCUAGGCUGGGAGUUCGGAUUGGAUCUCAAGCAAAGCAUCCUCAUCACAAUCUUUGCCUCAAUACUUGGGGCUGCGGUUUCUGGCUUCUGCGCGACAAUGGGUCCACCGACUGGCUUACGGCAGAUUUCCAUCGGCCGCUACAGCAUGGGCUGGUAUCCAAACAAGCUCAUUGCCGCACUCAACACCAUUCAACAGCUCGGAUGGAGCGCCGUUGGCUGCAUCACUGGAGGCCUUGCUCUAACUGCAGUCUCCAACGGCGGUGUUUCAAUAGUCGUUGGCAUCAUCAUCAUUGCCGUUUGCAGCCUCGUGAUCAGCUUUGUGGGGCUUCGUGCUAUCUUGAUCUACGAGAAGUACGCAUGGCUGGUGUACUUCAUCAUCUUCAUGAUCAUCUUUGGGAUGACUGGAAAGUACGCAGAUAACACCACCCCCUCGUCACUAACUGGUUUGGAUUUCAGCGGUACAGUUCUCAGCCUCUUGGCCAUUGUUUACGGAUCUUCCGCAAGCUGGGCCACAAUUGCAUCGGAUUAUUACGUCCAUUACGCAGUCGACGUUUCGCGCAUCAGAGUGUUCCUCAUGACGACUUUUGGAAUUGCCAUUCCGACUAGCAUCGGCAUGGUCGCAGGAUGCGUCGUAAGUUCCGCACUCAAUAAUCGCCCAGAUUGGGAUGACGCAUACAAAAAUGGCCUGGGAUACCUAAUAAAGGCGAUGCUUCACCCAAGUGGAUUUGCGAAGUUUAUUCUAGUCUUGCUUGUCUUAAGCGGGAUCAACAUGAAUAUUAUGAACACAUACUCCGCCGCUAUCUCAUGCCAGCAAUUUUCACGACCAUUCGCCAAAAUUCCGCGCUUCAUAUGGACGAUUCUCUGCUUCGGCGUCAUCAUAGCCCUUGCCCUUGCCGGUCGCAAUCACUUGUUAACAUAUCUUCAGAACUUUCUUUCUCUGCUGGGAUAUUGGUGUACAUCAUAUUUUGUGAUUGUAUUCACUGAGCACUACUUCUUCCGUAAGGGUAAUUUUAACAACUAUGACUUGGAUGGCUGGAACGAUCCAAGCCGACUUCCAAUUGGACUCGGUGCUGGAGUGGCUUUUGGGCUUGGCAUUGUUGCAUGGGUGAUGGGGAUGGUUGAAACAUGGUAUGUGGGUCCACUCGGAAAGCUGAUUGGGGCUUAUGGAGGAGACGUCGCCAACGAAUUUUGCUUCGUGGUCACUUUGGUCACAUUUAUACCAGCACGUUAUCUUGAAAUCAAGUAUAUUGGUAGGUAACGGUCUAGAAAUCGCAAUAACGCUUGUUUGUAAGAAUGUACAAUAUGGAGCAGUAGCAUGAAGGUCGAACACGGCAUACUUGAUA